GGCCAAUCGCCAGCAAUGACGCGAAGAAUAUUAAGAAUUACUUGUUCGAAGUAGGUGGAAGUUAUCGAUGUGACUUCUGCAGCCUUCAUCUCUAUAAAGUUGUCAUUACGAAGGCCAGAUAAGAUUUUGUUAGACGUUAUGAUUAGUUGCCGACAACUUUAACGAACAAGCCAUAUAGGAAAUAAUUACAUUGACAUAGCUAGCUAACUAACUAAGAGGUAGAGAAGGACAUUUACAACGACGAUGAUAGCCUCUCAUCUUCUGGCUUACUACUUCACGGAGCUCCACCAUGACAAAGUUCAACAAGUGGAUAAAUACCUGUACCACCUGCGGUUAUCAGACGAGAACCUGAUGGACGUGUCGGUGAGAUUCCGACGGGAGAUGGACAAGGGUCUGGGCCGUGACUCCAGCUCCACGGCCGCUGUCAAGAUGCUGCCCACGUUUGUGCGUUCCACCCCUGAUGGGACAGAAAAGGGAGACUUCCUGGCUCUAGAUCUGGGUGGGACCAACUUCCGGGUCCUGCUGGUGAAAGUGUCUGACAAUGGGAAGCAGAAGGUGGAGAUGGAGAACCAGAUCUAUGCUAUUCCUGAGGAGCUGAUGAGGGGCAGUGGCUCAGAGCUCUUCGACCACAUUGCUGAGUGUCUAGCUAACUUCCUGGAAAGGCUGGGAAUAAAGAAUCAGAAGCUUCCUCUGGGCUUUACCUUCUCCUUCCCCUGCCAGCAAACCAAACUGGAUGAGAGUAUUCUGGUGUCAUGGACCAAGGGCUUCAAGUCACACGGGGUGGAAGGGAGAGACGUGGUCAGCCUUCUGAGGAAAGCCAUCAAAAAGAGAGGGGACUUUGACAUUGACAUUGUGGCUGUAAUCAACGACACUGUGGGCACAAUGAUGACCUGUGGAUACGACGACCAUCACUGUGAAAUAGGCCUCAUUGUCGGUACCGGCACUAACGCCUGCUACAUGGAGGAGAUGCGUCACCUGGAGCUGGUGGAGGGGGACGAGGGGAGGAUGUGUGUCAACAUGGAGUGGGGGGCAUUCGGUGACGACGGCGCUCUGGAUGACCUCCGUACAGACUUCGACCGGGAGAUCGACGCCGGCUCCCUCAACCCCGGCAAACAGCUGUUUGAGAAGAUGAUCAGUGGGAUGUACAUGGGGGAGCUGGUGCGUCUGAUCCUGGUAAAGAUGGCCAAGGAGGACCUGGCGUUCAAGGGUCACACCACUCCUGACCUCCUCACCACAGGACACUUCCAGACCAGCUUUGUCUCCGCCAUCGAAAACGACAAAGACCAGGAGGGUCUGGUGAGUGCGGAGAAGGUGCUGAGGGGGCUGGGCCUGGACCCCUCUGGGGAGGACUGCGUGGCCACUCAGAGGGUGUGUCAGGUGGUGUCGACACGAGCCGCCCACCUGUGUGCUGCCACGCUAGUCUCUGUUUUGAGACAGAUCAGAGACAACAAGGCUGCGGAGAGGCUGAGGACAACCAUAGGAGUGGACGGCUCUGUCUACAAGAACCACCCACAGUUUGCGCGGCGGCUCCACAAGAUGGUACGGCGUCUGGUGCCGGACUGCGACGUGCGUUUCCUGCGCUCAGAGGACGGCAGCGGGAAGGGGGCGGCCAUGGUGACGGCGGUGGCCUACCGGCUGGCUACCCAACAUGCUGAGCGGCAGCGUGUUCUGGACGCCCUGCGUCUGAGCCGGGAGCAGCUGCUGGAGGUGAAGAGGAGGAUGGGAGAGGAGAUUAAUAGGGGCCUGGCCAAGGAGAGUCAUGACCAGGCCACCGUCAAGAUGCUGCCCACCUACGUCCGCUCCACCCCCGACGGAACAGAGCACGGUGACUUCUUGGCCCUUGACCUUGGUGGCACCAACUUCCGAGUUCUGCUGGUUCGCGUGCGGGGCGGGAAGAGACGCAGCGUGGAGAUGCACAACAAGAUCUACGCCAUCCCCCAGGAGGCUAUGCAGGGCACUGGAGAGGAGCUGUUUGACCACAUAGUGCACUGCAUCGCUGACUUCCUGGAGUACAUGGGUAUGAAAGGAGCUUCCUUGCCCCUCGGCUUCACCUUCUCCUUCCCCUGCCAUCAGAAUAAACUGGACCAGGGUAUCUUGCUAAAGUGGACCAAGGGUUUCAAAGCUACUGGCUGCGAGGGAGAGGAUGUUGUGUCUCUACUGAAGGAUGCUAUCCACCGCAGAGAGGAGUUUGACCUGGACGUGGUUGCUGUGGUGAAUGACACUGUGGGCACCAUGAUGACCUGUGGCUACGAAGACCCACUGUGUGAGGUGGGCCUCAUCGUAGGUACUGGCACCAAUGCCUGCUACAUGGAGGAAAUGCAGAAUGUGGAGCUGGUGGAGGGGGACGAGGGGAGGAUGUGUGUUAACAUGGAGUGGGGGGCCUUUGGGGACCACGGGGAGCUGGACGACUUCAGCACAGAAUUCGACAGAGCCGUCGACGACUGUGCCACCAACCCUGGCAAACAGAGGUAUGAGAAGAUGAUCAGUGGGAUGUACCUUGGGGAGAUAGUGAGGAACAUACUGCUGGAGUUCACUGCAAAGGGACUUCUGUUCCGAGGCAAACUCUCUGAGAGGCUCAAGACCAGAGGCAUCUUUGAAACCAAGUUCCUCUCCCAGAUCGAGAGUGACCGUCUGGCCCUGAGGCAGGUGCGCUCCAUCCUGCAGCACCUGGGUCUGACCAGUUCUACGUGUGACGACAGUAUCCUGGUGAAGGAGGUGUGCAGCGUGGUGGCUCGUCGCGCUGCCCAACUCUGUGGUGCCGGCCUGGCCGCUGUGGUCGAUAAGAUCCGGCAGAACCGCAACCUCUCCGAGCUCAAAAUCACAGUGGGUGUCGAUGGAACGCUCUACAAACUACAUCCACACUUCUCCAGCAUCAUGCAUGAGACGGUCAGGGACCUGGCGCCUCAGUGCGAGGUCACUUUCCUCCAAUCAGAGGAUGGAAGUGGAAAGGGGGCGGCUCUCAUCACGGCGGUGGCCUGUCGCAUUCGAGACGCCGGACAGCGCUGAGCGAGGGGCUCUGCGGACACCGAGAACAAGGGUUACGUCCCAAUUGGCACCCUAUUUCCUAAAUAGUGCACUACCUUUGACCAGUGCCCUAUGCUCAAAAGUAGUGUACUGAAUAGGGAGGGGGGGGGGGGGGGGGGCGGUCACAACAGGGACAGCACAGGAUGACAAAGGGAUACUGGAAAAGGAACUAAACGGACUUCUUACUUAGAGAUUUGCUGUGCCUCAUCGCAUCUGUUAAUCAAAAGGAUCUGUUAAUCAAAAGUAGUGAAGUUCACAACAGCCUGCGUUGUUUGUUUUUUUACAGUUUUUUGAUUCUGGUGUGUGUUUGUAAUAGAAAGUACUUGGCCGGUGGGCCACAUUGAAAAGGGACUUGCAGAGAAUUAAAUAUUUUUGUUAUGAAUAUGUUUGUUUCCUAACAGAAGCAGAGAUUCUGUUUUCUUAUGUGAAAUGUGACAGUGAUAUUGAUGACCUUAGCUGUGUUCGAUUACUCAUACUAACCACACUAACCAUACUUUUUGUGACAAAUUGAGUAUGUAGUAUGCUUAUUGGUCAUAGUAUGGAUGGAGUUAUUAUGCCAAAAGUUCCCAGAUGUCGUACUAAAUUCGCCAAAAUACAAAGUAUACAAGCAGUGAACACUAUUUCCUUGCUUUUAGGGUCACAUAAUGCAAUUCUUCAGAAAAUGUGAAUGGCUUCACAACGUUUUCAGAUUUGAAGAGAAUGGUGGAAAAUAUGCAGCCGAAGACUGACGAGAGCAGAUACAAAUUCAUUGCUUUAAGUAAUGAUGACAAAUGUUAAAAUGUUGAACAAUGUAAUAAAGUCAUGGCUUUUCAAAUAAGUUAUAUGUUGGCUGACAAUUUGUUAGCCACGCUAUCCUUACAAACUGCAUAGCAUUACAGCAGUACCGGUAUGUUAGCUAGUUACCUAACAUUAGUUGGCUACAAAUACAUCGAACUUGCCAGGCAGUAUAUUAACUAUAUGCUAUCUACCCAACAUUAUUGACUUGGUUAUUCACAUCAUUCUUAGCUAAGUAGUAUAGUCAUUGUUAAUUCUGGCUAUCUACUCUGAUUUCAGAGCACUCUCCUCUGAGUGUACCAGAGCACAGAAUAACAGAUUAAUUUUACGAAAGCUCAACACCCGUUGAAUAUGGCCGGUGUCAGUAAACGUCGGCAAAAAAAAGCCUAAUUAAAUUAUUGCCAGCAGCACAGUUGGAGUCACCAACGCUCUAGAUAACAUGAAAACAGCCUAACCAACUCGGCUAGGAUGAGUAAAAUGGUCAGUGAAGUGGUCUCAUUUGUGUUCGGGAAGUAGUUAGCUUGGGUGCUUGAUUGCCGUUGUGAGGUCCGAACGCUCGGCUCAACCCUACUCCUUGAAUGCUCCGAGAUCGAAACGCUCAGAAUUUACGAACAGACAAUGGACAAUCUGACAACAAAUUGAAUUUACGUACACACCCGAAAUCGUAACAUGUCUAGCUAGUCAUUUGCUAUGCUAGCAAGAGGUUGCAUAGCAACAGCAUCAACUUCAGGUAGACAGGCAAAGCACUAGUAUGCUCAACUGAAAGGAUACCGUUUGUUUACAGUAUACUAAAAUGAACUAGUAGUGUGUGUAUACUCAUUAAAUAUAUAGUAUGUUCGUAUGGGUAUUCGAACACAGCUCAUGUCUUCAGAAUGGUGACUGCUGUACUAGGAAUGAAACCACACCUGGGUUCAGAAUCUGAUAUAUUUGAAAUAUUUCAAAUACUUUAGAGCAUUCGCUCUAUUCUACCUGUAGCGCCAGGCGGGUUAAGUUGGGACUUUUCUAUUGGGUCCAUUGCAACAGGCAAGCUCAGUCAAGCACAGCUAAAGUACUUCAAACAUUAACAUAACAGAAUAUGUACCAAGUCCAUUAAUGCCUAGAACACUCUUGUUAGAACUAGAACGGUACAUUCAUUUAUUUAAGAAAUGUGUUGUGUUUCAUAAAAUGUCUAACUAAUGAAAAGUGGGAGUCUAGAAGUGAGGCUAAAUUGUGAAUUCAAACACUGACAAAUCGAUUGGAAUACACCUUAUUUUAGAGUAUGUCCUGGUUUGUCUGCAGGUGAAAUAGAAAUUAAAUAAUGAUCCAUGUCCAUGGCUCUAAUCUAAAUUUCUUUCUGCUUUUCCUAGCAUUAUACAGUAUCUUCUUGCCAUAUCAACUGUAUUGGAGGAGAAGAUGGACCUGAGGGGACCUUUGACUUUUUGAGAAGGAGUCGAGAGAGGAUGCGAGGAACGGAGGAAAGGGGAAUAGAGAAAGUGCACAUGGUAGAUUUCCAAUUGGUUUAACGACUGCUCGCAUCCUCCUCACCUCCUUUUGAAAAAGGUCAAAGGUAAGUAAGAAAGGGUAACUUUGAAAUAAAUGUGCUUGUAUGAAUUGACUCCUCUCUGCUAGUGUGUCAAGCAGGUAUUCUGUCAGGGGUACGCCAAAUAAAAAUGAUUCACUUUUUUUUUCA